AUGACUCUUCCAGAACAAUAUUCUACUGCUGAUGAAGGCACGUUUGGUAAAUUUACCGCAGAGACUCGUUGGGGUGUUAUUCUUCAAAACGCCAUCGAUGAUAUAAAUAAUUCAAUGACUAAUGAUAAAAUUGAUAUUGAUAUUGGUAAAUUAAUUGAAAAAGAUUUGAUUGGUUUCAAAAAGGAAUUGGUUGACAAUGCUCCUUUACGUGUUUUCACUCCAAAGGAAAUUGAAACCUGUAAUAUACCUUUAUCAUUUAAUCAAUUUAUUAACGAAUACCAGGGCCCUGCCUUGACUUGGUUGAAGGCUCCUUGGUUAUUCUCUGAAAUAUAUUUUUAUAGACGUAUUAAUGCAAUUUUUAAAAUGAAUAGUUUGGGUAUUUCCAAAUUUUGGUUUGAACAAUUCGAUAUUUUUAAUAGACUAAAACGAAGUACUUUCAAAUUGUCCUUACAUGGUGUUGUUGAACUGGCUCACAGAUAUUUAAAUUUGAAAAAAGUAUUAUUAUCCGACAAGAAUAUUGAUACUGAAUCCAAACAAAUCCUAUUUAAAGAAUUCAUCGAAAUUUCCCUAUGGGGUAAUGCCACUGAUUUAUCAUUAUUAACAAAUGCAACUUACGAAGAUAUUAAAUCAUUGCAAGGUGAAAAGGCUAGGCAGGACUCUGAAUCAAAGAUCUUAAUUAAUGAUACCGUGUUAGCUUGGAAUAAAUUAUUAGAAAACCCAUCAAAUAAUAGAAUUGAUAUCGUCUUGGAUAAUUCCGGGUUUGAAUUGUAUGCUGAUUUCAUGUUAUCUUUAUUCUUAAUUCAAAGUAACUUGGCUAAGAAAAUUGUUUUCCAUGCUAAGGAUAUUCCAUAUAUGGUUUCUGAUGUUAUGAUGAAAGAUUUCACCAUUUUAAUAGAUGAUUUGAAAGAUAGAAAAUUUUUUGAUGUUCCAGUUGGUUCCAAAGAUGAUAUUGCCUUAAAUACUGUCAGUGAUGAUAUUAGUGAAUACGUUAAAGAGGGUAUUUUUGAAUUUAAAACUGAUUCUUUUUGGACUACUGAAUUACCAUACAAUUAUAUUGAUCCAUCAGAAACUAAAUAUCAUGGUGCCCAAAUUCAUAAAGAAUUAUUGAAUUCUGAUUUAGUUAUUUUCAAAGGUGAUUUGAAUUAUAGAAAAUUAACUGCUGAUAGAAAAUGGGAAAAGACUACUCCAUUUAAAACUGCCUUAUGUGAAUUAGCUACAAAUGGUAUUACUCUAUUAAGUCUAAGAACAUGUAAGGCGGAUGUUCAAGUGGGGUUGAAGCCUGGUGUUGAUGAAGAAUUAACCAAACUUUGGGAAAAGGAUCACCCAGGUCAAGGUAAUUGGUGGGUCAGCAGUGGUAAAUGGGCUAUCAUUUGUUAUUCAAAUGGUCAAAAAUAA